AUGUCAGCUGACUACCCUGGUGCAUCUGACCUGGUGACAGCUGCGGUUUGGCCAGACAUGCUCAAGUGCGCAAGCCACAGCAAAAUUUGUCCCAGGGAGGUGAUGGAUAACAUCCACAUCUUCGACCCUUGGCACUACAAUGAGAAGCCUUACAAUCCUCAAGGCUUGGUUCUGCCAGAUUGCAGCGACAAGUGGCAGGGCAACCCAUCAGCUCUGUACACGAUGACAUCCGGCUUCAUCUCUAUGAGUAGCACCAACUCCCGCUUCACUCAUAACUUCUUCCUGCGCUGGAUGCUCCACGUUGUGGGGGAUAUCCAUCAACCGCUGCACACUGCCAACGGCUACUUCGACAAUGCUCAGCUUGGCCACCUGCCUGCUGGCGAUGUCGGCGGCAACAAGAUCCCGUUGCAAACUCCUUGUGGGGCUCCCAACUUGCACUUGUACUGGGAUUCGGCAGCCUGCUCUUAUUUGGUGAAUUGGUCGCCGCACAUGGAGGCACGCUCGGAACUCACAGCCAACGCAACCGCCUUGGCCGCCAAGUAUCCGAAGAACUCAGCUGUGUUUGCUGGUCGCUACGUAGAGGAUGAUCUGCAGGACUGCUGGACGGCUGU